ACAGCCAUUGGCGAUGGAUUGUAUUUAAGGGUCAUAUUUUCUCCACCUCAUGAUUAUUCUCUGUGGAGUGGAACCUUUGUGUUGGUCUAUCACAUAAAAUAUCAAUAAAUUGCAUUGACGUUUGUCAUUGUAACACAAAAAAAAACGUGAAAAGCAUUUUCAGGGAGUAUGAAAUCAUUGUAUGAAGCCGUAGUAUAUAUAAAAUACAACUGAAACUCUCUUUGUUGAUGAAGCUGAGAGGAUUGUUGUUCCAAUAGAUCAAUAGUUUGUGCUGAAUGGCUGCAGCUCAGACUCCAGAGGUGGAGAUUUGACUCCGUUCGGCUCCAGAGGUUCCUAAACGCUGGCACUUCUAACAACUACCUGAAAGUGCAACGCAACAGAAACAUGAGGAAGCACUGCGCGCUUAAACAUGGAAUAUUCAAGGAAUUCCUGGCGGAAUUCCUCGGGACUUUUGUCUUGGUAUUGUUUGGCUGUGGCUCAGUUGCUCAGACCGUCCUGAGUCGAAACACGCUGGGUGAGCCGCUGACCGUCCACAUCGGCUUCUCUGUGGGCCUCAUGAUGGCAGUCUACGUGGCUGGUGGGGUGUCAGGAGGCCAUGUGAACCCUGCUGUGUCUCUGGCCAUGGUGAUUCUGGGCAAACUGAAGAUCUGGAAGUUUCCUUUCUACGUCAUUGCUCAGUUUCUUGGUGCUUUUGUCGGAGCUGCAGCUGUUUUUGGAUUAAAUUACGAUGCUUUCAUGGACUUCACAAGUGGUAUUCUGUCGGUGACAGGAAUCAACGCGACAGGUCAUAUUUUUGCCUCUUACCCUGCCAGACACUUGUCAGUCCUCGGAGGCUUCAUUGAUCAGGUGGUGGGGACAGGUAUGCUGGUUCUCUGUAUUCUGGCUAUCAUUGAUGGAGGAAACAUUGGAGCCCCUAAAGGCGUGGAGCCGCUGGCCAUUGGCCUGAUCAUUAUGGCCAUCGGUGUGUCCAUGGGACUCAACUGUGGCUACCCCCUGAACCCCGCCAGAGACCUGGGACCCCGAUUGUUCACAGCGGUGGCUGGAUGGGGGAUGGAGGUCUUCAGCACUGCAGGCCACUGGUGGUGGAUCCCAGUGGCGGGGCCCAUGGUGGGAGGCGUGGUGGGAGCAAUCCUCUACUUCCUGCUCAUCGAGCUUCACCAUCCCCAUGACCAGGAUGAGAAGACCCACGAGGUGGAGGAAGAGGAGGAGGAGGAGGAGGAAGAGGAUGAGGAUAGCAGUCUUAAGGACAAAUAUGAGAUGAUCGCCAUGAGUUAGAAACAUACAGAUCUUCGCUCAUGAAGGAUCAUGAUUGCUCCCCAGUAAAACCAGUUUCCACCUGUGCAGAGGCUUCCUGUGUCAGUAUGUACUCAUCAUUUGACUUCAUGCUGGGCAAAGAGCAACUUAAAGCUCCACGGGUGAAAUGAAUCAAGAAGCAUUAAACAACCAGAACCCAGUUUUAACGUGACUGAACACUUCUUCCACAGCACAUAGUGAGCUGACACCUCUUUAAUUUAAACUUUUUUUUAAUUGUUUCAGGAUUUCUGUUCUAUGUGUCUCAUUGUUCACUAUUAAGUCACAUUUUUUGUAAAUACAGUAAUGUAUGUUUAGCCUAAGUCAUUAAUGAAAACAAGGUCAUGGUUUGCUGAGCUUCCCUUUAGCUUUGAUCCUAUUACCCUUAGUAAUUGUGAAAUUAAGACUGAUUGUGAUUGACACUACAGUAUUUCAAUAAUAAAAGCCCAAUCUCACCUUAA